UGCGCUGAGAUGGACUCCACUGCUGAUAAACUCAUAAAGAGUCAUUUGUUCUUCCCAUAAACAGUAUCCUUUGCGGAAUCCCGCCAGUCCUACUCACUUGAAGCAAAUCGACUUUACUACCCAAUGAGCACUAGAUGGCGCUGCGCCACGACCAUCUGCUUCGUCUUCGCUGGACACGGAUCUCCUCUUUCAGGUGUUGUUGUUUGAUCCCUUCCGGUCUCCGUACAGGAAUUCCAGGCGUGUGACGUCAUCGUCUGCACAAGGCGCUUGGGUUGAUCGGCUCGACGUGUCCGGAUCGGAUGUGUCCGGAUCAACUGGGCUUGUGUUCAUCCCCGAGACAGUGCCGUAGAUGCGCGGCUCGCAUACUCCACAUAUCUGGACCAGGAUGUGAACUUCUGUUUCAACACAACCAGCAAUUAGAUGGACGAACAAGAAGAUACGGCAGGACGUGUGUGUUCGGCAUGUGGAGGAAGGGUUCAGGAUGCUUUCCACUUGAAGGUCCUUAAAGACAUUUGGCACAACGCUUGUUUUCGGUGCUCUGAGUGCUGUGAUCUCCUUACCAACUGGUACUAUGAGCGGAACGGGAGCCUGUACUGCAGGAAGCACUACUGGGAGAAGUUCGGAGAGCUGUGUCAUGGCUGUUCUUUGCUCAUGACUGGACCAGCUAUGGUCGCCGGGGAGUACAAGUACCAUCCAGAGUGUUUUGUGUGUCUCAGCUGUAAAGUUGUGAUCGAGGAGAGGGACACAUAUGCCCUGGUGGAACGCUCCAAACUCUACUGUGGUAAAUGCUAUAAACAGGAGGUCCUGGCUCGAUGCUGGAGAGGCGCGGCGCGGCCGACGCUUGUCCCUGAGUCUCUGCCCCACACAGUCACACUCCUCUCCAUGCCGGCAGCAGCCAACGGCAAGCGGGGCUUCACCGUCAGCAUGCUGCGCGACCGGGCCAGCACCACUGCUAGCGUGCAGAUCAAAGAGGUUCGUGGAAUGCUCAUCAGCCCGGAUGUCCGAAAUGCCAUCCACGUUGGUGACCGCAUCCUGGAGAUCAAUGGCCUUCCAGUUGGAACGCUGAUGGAAGAGGAGGUGGAGGAUCUCGUCCAUCGGACCAGUCAGACGCUGCAGCUGCUGAUCGAGUAUGACCCGGUCAGACAGCGACUGGACCGGCUUCGUCUGGGAAACGCCGGCAACCGGCUGGGUGUGCCCGCCUCGUCCCGCAUGCGCCUGUCUUCCCCAUCAGACGGAGUGAUCGAGCGGAAUGACGCCGAUGAGGGGACGCUGAAAAGAAGGAAUUACAGACGUAGCAACAGUAUCUGUAAGUCUCCGGGGCCGACGUCUCCCAAGGAGCACCCACAGAUGGCACGGGACAUCGGACGCUCCGAGUCCCUCCGCGCCUCCUCCAGCUGUUCCCACCGGAUCUUCCGUCCAUGUGACCUCAUCCACGGCGAGGUGCUCGGCAAGGGCUUCUUCGGCCAGGCCAUCAAGGUUACCCAUAAGGCAACGGGGGAGGUCAUGGUCAUGAAGGAGUUGAUUCGUUGUGAUGAGGAGACGCAGAAGACCUUCCUGAAGGAGGUCAAAGUGAUGAGGAGUCUAGAUCACCCCAACGUCCUCAAGUUCAUCGGCGUGUUGUACAAGGACAAGCGUCUCAACCUGAUCACGGAGUUCAUCGAGGGGGGGACCCUGAAGGACGUCAUCAGGGACAUGGACCCAUUCCCAUGGAGACAGAGGGUUAGCUUUGCCAAGGGCAUCGCUUCAGGAAUGGCGUACCUGCAUUCAAUGAGCAUCAUCCACAGAGAUCUCAACUCCCACAACUGCCUGGUGAAACUGGAUAAUACGGUGGUGGUGGCUGACUUCGGACUCUCCCGCCUGGUCAUGGAGGACAAGGUGAAGCAGCCCCCACCUGACAAGCCCACCAACAAGAAGAGGAUAUUCCGUCGCAUAGACCGCAAGAAGCGCUACACGGUGGUGGGCAACCCAUACUGGAUGGCCCCGGAGAUGCUGAACGGAAAACGCUACGACGAGAAGGUGGACGUCUUCUCCUUCGGCAUUGUGCUCUGCGAGAUCAUCGGGCAGGUUUGCGAUCCGGAGUGCCUUCGCAAGCUUGACUUUGGCCUCAACGUCGGCAUCAUGGAGAAGUUCCUCCCCGAGGACUGCCCGACCGCCUUCUUCUCACUGGCUGUGGCCUGCUGUGACCUCACUCCUGAUAGCCGACCAGCCUUCGAUAAACUGGAAGACUGUUUCGAGGCCCUUUCACUGAACCAGGAGCUGGGCAUCCCUCUCCCCGCCGAGCUCGAGGAGAUGCAGCACAGCCUGUGGAGAAUUCACGGGCCACACUCGAACGAGCUCUCGCCAAACCCCAGUCCCACUGCCCGGGCCCCGGAACAGAGCAGCGUGGACAACGGCAUGUAGCGGUUCUGGAGGAGGUCUCCACACCCACCCACACCCAUACUCCUGCUCUCAGCAAGACGGCGAAAGACGAGUCUGCUUAACCUGGUCCUGUGGAGAUUCUGGGUACGUGCGUCAGGAAUGAGGACCGACGACAACGGUGGACGAUCACCCUGGAACAGGCGCGUUGGCGUUUGGGAUUUCGAGGGCAUUCUAGAACUGCAGAUGGAGCUUUGCAGUGUUCUAACGGGCACAUUCCAGUGGUUCCAAACUUUUUGUCCUCUCUUGCAUAACAGACUUAUAUUUGAGAUUUUGGCAACAUUUUCACCAUUUGUCUCUGGAGUGCCUACAGCCGGAGGAAUCGUAACACCUGUAAAAUGAAUGUUUCCUACAUGACAUGCAGCUGCUAGCUUCUGUGAAUAGAAAAACCUACGACCGUCUCAUUACUGUCUCUUGGCUUUUUUUUUUUUUUUUAAAUAAUUAAGUCAGUGGCAUGUUACAGUGAAGAGACAUGUGUAGUACUGCUAUCUUAAUAUAUUAGAAGUCAUGAAAACAAGACUGUGCUUAAAUCACUUUGUCACUGAAUAAUAAACUUUGGCAGGUUACUUUAAUUGUGCUAUUCUGCCCCCUGGUGGUUGUUUACAUUAAUGUGCACACCUCUCCCCAGGGCCUAGGACCAAUGCCCUAUUAUAUAUAUAUAUAUAAUUUCUAUAGUGGGAGAGUCAGGGUCAAACUGACAGUUGAGAGAGCUUAAUUUUUCUUCUGCUUUUCCCACUGAUUUCUUACAGGUGUUGGUGAAAUAAGUGGUUUGAUCUUUAAUGAACCAGUUUUUAGAGCAUGUGGCACAGCGUUGUGUAUGCAAGCAGCCACCUGUGACGCAGUUAUGAUUAUAUGGCAGAGACUGGAGAUGCAGUUUUUAGCUGGUAAUAACUGGGUUUGAUGAAAUUGGUGUAAAUUUGUAUAAAGGUUGAUUGGGUAAAUCUAUGGGUUUGAAUUGCAGAAAUGUGUAGAAUGUGCAAACUUUCCUAGCAUCAGAGGUACCAAGGCGUACAAUAACGACCACGACUGUGUAUCAACGUAGCGUUUUAUAAAUAAAGUAUCAAAUGAGAAA